AUGAAUUUCAAUAAAAAAAUAACGCAAAACUUAAUAGAAUGGAUUGAAACCAACAGAAUACUAGGCGUUGACCUUGUUGACGUAUAUAUUGAUGAAAUAAGCGAGGAGAUUCAAAAUGUCCUAUUAAGAUAUAAAGAUCAAGGAAAUUUAGCAGAAUCAGAGUAUAUUGUACCGUUAGAUGUAGAUGAAAUACUGCUGCCAAAAAUAGCUUUUAAUUUGUCAGAAUUGCUGAGACGUUUAAGAAGUUAUGGUUGGAAUCCAAAAGAAUAUUCAGCAAUUUUAGUUCAAAAUGUUUUCUUUUUUGAUUUUAUGCAAGGAGUGCAUAAAUAUAAAUUCUUUAAAAAUGAUUCUAACAAGAGUAAGAUCUAUGUCAAACGAGAUAAUGUACGAAUUAACGACGCGAUCAAUAUGAAUGUAGAGAAAAUAGAAUUAGAAGAUGAUUCUAAUAGUUUAAGUAUGACUGAUUUAGAUAAAGAAAACUUAAACAAAUACGGAAUUAAGUGUAAAAGGAAAAUUCCUAUUCCCAAAUUAUCACAAAAUAUUAUUCGCUCAGCGUUAGUGAGUCCCGUUGGUUAUUAUAGUAAAAGUAUGAUGCUAACAAGAAGAGUAUUAACUGCAUUUAAUCACUACCCUUUAACAAACCUUGGAAUGAAAGGUUUCGCCGGAUGGUCAGCCCCAUUCAGCGAAGUGCAGCUCAAUCAUUAUAAGGAGUCGUGCAACACGACGAUGGUGGCGGAGUGCGUAAGGUAUGUACAACGGGCUCGAGUUGAUCGCACUGCACUGCGACUGCAUCCUCGGCUAACUCACGCUCUCGCUGCUGCACUUUGCCAUAAAAUAAAAACGAUUUAA